AUGAGGAAGAGAAAAAUAAAGGAGAAAUACAUACGGGCAUUGUUCACCGCAGUGGAGGAGCAAGAAGCACAACAGCUUCGCCAAAACUGUCAUCACCAUUUCAAGUCAUUUGCUACGCACGAUGUGUACCUCUUAAAUGGGAAGUAUUACCGAGUGAAGAGCGAAGAUGGGGCUGGCAUGCGGAAGACGGUGCUACGGUGUUUGCAUAAACACAACUUUUAUGUGCCCAAAAAGAUAAGAAGAAUCAUCUUCAAAAAAUUCCUGCUUCAAAAUGAAGCUACAGAUGCCCACAACUUCAACUACGACGUGUAUCUGUUACUGUCUUAUUUAAAGAACCCCAACGUGAACGAGGCAACGCAGAAAAUUGUCGACCUGGACGUAUUCCGGACACGCAUAAAUAAAGAAAACGAAAAGACCAUUUACUUCUUUAACCUUUUUUUAAAUUACGCUUGCAACCAUUUUCAAUUCAAGUACAAACAGGGGCUAAACGAGGUUUUAGCCCUAUUCUUUUACCUGAAGGGCAAGUACUUCAACCUGGUUGAUGUCUACUUCUGCUUUCAGAGCUUCGUCGAUCGAUUCUUGAAGGAGUUUUACUAUGACGACGAGUUUUUCUUUUUGCAAAUAUCCUUUUACUUGUUUAAAAUUUUGAUUAAGUACCACGACCCCGUGUUGUCCGAGGUGCUCGAGACGAACAAGAUGCCCCCCGAAAUUUACGCCGCCUCUUGGUUUCUAACCCUCUUCGCGUCCAAAAGCAACUUGGAAAUUUCGAACGCCAUUUACUUGAUCUUCGUGUUGGAACGCAAUCCUUUUUUUUAUUUCUUCUUUUCCCUGGCGCUGUUGAUUUUGCACAGAAACAUAUUUCUAUGUGUUGAUAGUUCAAAUUUACCGGAGCUGUUAAGCAAAAUAAACAUUUUCAACAAGAAGUUUUUGAAGAAGGUGUGGUCGUUAGGGAAAUAUCUGGAAGCCAACACACCCGUGUCUUUUGUGCACAAAUUAUUUUUCAUCAAAAAUGUGCUAAUGUAUUUGACAAGCGAACAUUCUGGCAAUGGUCAUCAGAAGAAGGACAUCCUCCUGCAGUUUUUCAACUCCAUCGACUACAUGUCUGUGAAUGCCUACGAGAUAAUAAAAAACAUAUCUCUAGGAAAGAACAACUACAUCUUCUUGGAUAUCCGAUCGAGGAGGCACUUCCGAACCUUUCACUUGAAGAAUUCGAUCAACGUGGAGUUGGUCGAAGGUUACGCGGACCUCUUGCGGGACAAAAUAGAUUCUCAGGACGAGCGAAAGAAACAGAAGAAGGAGCGAAAGAAGGAGCGGAGAAUAUUAUCCCAAUCUAUUUUUCACAUUUUGAAAAGAUAUGGAAGUAGAGAAGUCGCCCAAAAUUCUGAACUCCUUUUUUCUCUUUUGCUGAUGAGAAAAUACAACCUAUGUCUUGGAUUAAGUUAUGACGACAAUAUUCUGUUAAGGAGAGUUGCGUCGGUGCCUGUACAGAGGGGAAAUCCAUUGGAUUUGUGCCUCCUAAGAAGGAAUAGGGAGAAGAAGAGCAGGAGAGGCACAAAGGGAAGAAGGAAGAGGAUUAAAAGGGAGAAACAUAGAGAGGAAGAAAUAUUCCCAAACUUGCAUCUCCUCAGGGGGAACAGAAAUGGCGAAGUCGAUUUGAACUUCUUCACUUGUAAGAUUUACGGAAGGAGGAAACUUUCCAUGGGUGAAACAAAAAAUGGACAAAUUAAAUGGAAGAUGCCUGAACAUGUUCAUAUGAAAUAUGUAGAAGAAAGGAAAGUGAAAAAUCAAAAGAGGUACUAUUCUGACGACGACGUGUUGUUAAAACCUUUCAGCUUGACGUGCCAUCAUAUGAAGAAGGCUUUCCUUUCCAAGGUGCAGAAAGAACUCCGAAAGAAAGGUGAUGAAGUUAAGGGUAAGGAUAAAUGGAAGUGCAUUCCUAGUAACCCCCCCGAGGGGAAGAAGGAACCCACGUAUACGAUCUCGCAAACGCAGAACCUAAACACGAGCUCCUUCAAUUUAUACCUGUUAAUAAAGGAAAAGGUUCUGUGCAAUGAAAGGUGUCUUCGCUUUCGCUUCGAGGAUGUAUUAACGCCUGAAAAGCACGUGGUGAUUCUGUACGACGAUAAUUUUGACAACGCCAAAUACGUUCGUGGGUUCUACUAUGAGUUAUUAUUUAAAACCAAAUUGAGGCAAGUGUCCAUCAUCGAAGGAGGAAUAAACUCCUACCACAAUUUGAUGCGGUUGGAUUUGCCUAACGGGAAGAACAGUUCAGUGGGUUCAUCCUUCAUUGCCACUGCUGGAAAUACCAAAGAUGAGAAAUCUAUUCAUGGAGAGGAAACAUCCCACUUGUACACACAACACUGUCUUCUCGGUCGGAACAAAAAAGCGAUAAAAAAAUUUUUUCAUACCAAUCAUAACUGUUAUUUAUGUGACUACAGGUAUUUUAGGAAAACAAAAAAAAAAAUUUUAGAUGAUUGCUUUUUUGAAAGUUACAGUAACUUUAGCAUUUUUGAAAAUUUUUUUUCUUUCCUAAACGAGGAGCGAGACGAUAUUUCUUUUUCUUCUUUCUACGACCACAUCAUUUGGAUGAGGAGUAUGGGUGAUCAUGGUGGUGAUUAUUCCUAUCCGGGAGGUGAACAUAACAUGAAGAAGGACAAUGUGGAAGGAUCUUCAUUUACAUUUUCUGGAUUAUUAAAUUAUAUUAAGAGGAAGAAGAGUGGUGCUAACGAUUCUAGUGUCUUUGAAAAUGGCCAAACCUUCUCUCCGCAUUCUCCAGGAGGGGAGACAUUCCCACGUGAUAUACAAAAAGAGGCACACGUUAAUUCAUUCGUGGCAGAGAAGAAAAUCAGUGAAUCUACCAAUGGAGAUAUACAUAUCUGUAAUAACGCCACGGUGAAGAAGCAUUAUUUUAAUUUAAGUCGCUACGUGGAUUAUUGUAGUAGGAAGAAGAGUGACUUACUGAAUUUAUCAUCGUCUGUACAACCUCAGGGGGAUGAAUCGUCUUCAUGGGAUUCUCCACGUGUUAAUGCCCCACCCGGUGAAGAGAAAGGAGAUGACCAAAUUAUGGGUGAAGAAGAAAUGGGUAUCUCUUCACUUCAGAAUGAUGACACAAAAGCGAAAUUAAAUGUAAGCACAUAUAGUCAGUGGAGGAAUGAUGCUGCAGAAGAGGAACACAUAGCGGUGGAAUGUGCUUCAGUCUUUGGAAGGGUAGAUUCCUUCGCUGAAUUUGCGUCAGAACCUAUGAAGAACCCACCCAAUAAGGGGUACUCAAUAGGUAGCGACCACGUUUCGGAGGGAAUUAGAAGGAGCUAUUCUUCCAGUUCAGAUGUGUACAAUUUAUAUUCGUACAUUGAUAUUGUGUGUUACAGGAGUUUACUUUUGAAGGGAAGUUCGAGAAAAGAAGACACUUCCCCCAAGAGGAAAUUAUACAACUGCUUCAUUACGUACAUAUAUCAGCCUCUAAUACCUCACAAUAUUAGAUCGAACAACAUCAUUAGCAACUUGGUGCAGUACGUAAAAUAUUUCAAGUGCAUUAAACGGAAGAACACCGCCAUUAACGACCCGAACCUAUACCUGCAGUGCAACAAAUUGGACUCCAACUUAUCCUUCCGAAUGGAUUCCAAUGUGCCUCUCAGGAUGACUUACUUUCCCUUUAGGAAUAUGGGGAGUAUGCAUCUUUUGCACAGUGCCCGUGGGAAGGAAUUUCUCGAUGGGGGAAGCGCAGAUCUCUCCUAUGUUGGUGCGACCAACACCCCCGACAAACAGUACUCCAAACAGUGCACCACAGUGUGGGACGAGCGGGUGAAUGACCUCAUCUUGAGCAAUACUUGUCUGAAGAACAAGCCCGAGCUGGGUCUCUGCAAGUUGAUGAUUUACGACCACCUACUUAUACUCUAUGGCAUGCCCUACCUGUAUGAGGUGAGUCUUCCUGGGAGGUGCGAAAAAGUAACAACUGAAACGUAUAACCAAACGAGUACUGUGGAACAAGUCGGCGAAUCCCUCCACAUGGUAGACAUCGGCACGAAAAACUUCUUAAAAGAAAAAGAGGAAUACACAACGGAAGGGAUGGAUCACGAGGCAUGGUACCUCUCAUCGAAAUCGGGAGAGGAACUACAAAAGGUGAUCGUCCACAAACACAAAGAUUUAAAGAAGAAGGACGUUUUGUUUAACAUUGAUUCUUACAAAAUAAGUGGGAUAGACAUAAACUGGGCUAAGGUAUCUCCCCAUGUACUUCGUAGCAUCACCAAGGAACACAUCACAGAUACCUACAGCUACUACAAAUCCUAUUUUAGUGUAUCCAAUAGCAAUUUAUCCGCUUCGACUGAAAUGUGUUGUCCUUCUGUUAGUAGCUCCCUCUCAAGUGAUAGCUCAUCCUACUCGUCGUGCGUGUCUGAUGAGCCCAACUUUUCCUUUUCCGACUACCAUAGCUUGUAUACCAAGAAUGCCAAAAUGAUGAAGAACGAUGAGAAAAGAAGGAGAAGGAAAAACCCUCCUAAGGAUGCGGAAGCACCCCUUCGAUGUGAUCAUAGGAAGGUUAAAAUAGAUGUCGUUAACAUCUAUGCCGUUUUUGAUAUUCACACGCUAUGCAAGAUAACCACCAAGCGUGGCUCCGCGAGGACGCUUUAUUUUUACUUUGUAACCAACAGGAACACCCCUUUGAUGGUCCUCAACUUCGACAGCGACAUGGAGGUGCAGUCCUGCGUGCGCUCCAUCAGGGAGAUUUACUCGCGUUACGCCAACGGGGAGAGAGAAACAUCAGGUGAAGCAGCGGGAGAGGUGCCAAAGAAUGCGACGAGGGGGGAGUGA